CUGCUACUAUGACAAGGCUGCUGGGAAGUGCUAUCACCGCUGCCCCCCAGAGCUGUCCCUGAAGCAGCUGUGCCCGCAGGUCCCAUCUGACUGCAGGAAGCAGUGUGGGCAGGACUACUACUUGGACCAGGAGUGCCGGUGCGUAGCCUGUGUGAGCUGUGAAGACGACCUCGUGGAGAAGAAGCCAUGUUCAUGGAACUCCUCCCGUGUCUGCGAGUGCCGGGCUGGCAUGUACUGUGCCACAACCGCCAUCAACUCCUGUGCCCGCUGCUUCCCCCACUCCAUCUGCCCCACAGGGAUGAUUGUCAAGUUCCCAGGUACAGCGGAGAGGGACACUGUCUGUGAGCUGCCUUCCCCAGGAGCCAGCCCUGACUGCAGCACCAGCCCAGAGGACUGCAAGGCCCCCGCCAGUGGCACCACCCUCCAGGCCAAAUCCAUCCGGACCUCGGCAAGCUCCGAUGCCAGGACCACACUUCUCGGAGGGGGCCCUCCCUUCACCCCGGAAAAUUAUUCCAAAAUGACGAGGGAUCCCAGCUCUCCCCCCUCCAUGGGGAAGCCCAGCCUGGAUCCAGGGCCGGCCCCGCAGCUGUGCCUGCAGGGGUCAUCUGACUGCAGGAAGCAGUGUGAUCAGGACUAUUUCCUGGAUAGGGACGGUCGCUGCAAGGCCUGUGUGAGCUGUUCAGGAGGUGACCUCGUGGAGAAGACACCUUGCACGUGGAACUCCUCCCGCGUCUGUGAAUGUCGACCGGGCAUGGUCUGUGUCACAUCAGCCACCAACUCCUGUGCCCGCUGCGUCGCUUGUCCCAUCUUCCCACCAGGUACAGCUGAGAAGGACACCACCCAGGAGCCGCCUUCCCCGGGGACCCACCUUAACUGCAGCACCAAGCCAGAGGACCGUGAGGCACCUUCCAGUCUCACCUCUUGCUUGUCUCCCUGUAGCACCACCCUCUAUCUGGCAGAGUCCCAGACCAGUGAGGGACGUGGAGAGGGCAUUACCCACGCCCGGGGGGAUGCGUCCAUCUCAACAAGUGCUCCCAUCUCUUUCUCCUCCAUGGGAAGGCCCCUUCUGGUUUCAGAACCCGUGCUCUGGUUGAUCGUGCUGCUGCUGGUGGUGAUUGGCUCCAGCUCCUUCCUCCUGUGCCACCGGAGGGCGUGCCGGAAGUGGAUUCGGCAGAAGCUCCACCUCUGCUACCCAGUCCAGACCUUCCGGCCCAAGCCGGACCCCGUGGAUUCCAUGCCUCAGAGGAACACGAUACUGAUGAAAAGCACUGUGACAGAACCCUGCACAAAGGAGCUGGGGUUAAUGAGCCCCCCGGCUGUGGAGACCUGCCCCAAUGUGGGGGCAACCUCCCUGGAGAGCCUGCGGCUGCUGGAUGCCAGCCCAGAUGACAGCCCCUUGUCCCCCAGGGACCUUCCUGAGCCCCGAGUGACCACGGAGCAUACCAAUAACAAGAUCGAGAAAAUCUAUAUCAUGAAGGCGGACACGGUGAUUGUGGGGACUGUGAAGACUGAGGUGCCUGAGGGCCGGAGCCUGGCGGCACCGGCAGCACCUGAGCUUGAGGACGAUCUGGAAAUGGACCAUGCCCCCCACUACCCGGAGCAGGAGACAGAACCACCUCUGGGCAGCGGUAGGGACGUCAUGUUCUCGGUGGAGGAGGAAGGAAAGGAGGACCCCUCGCCCACAACUGCCUCUGGGAAAUGAGGCCUGGCCGGAGUUGGGGCUGAGAGGGCAGCUGGGUGCUCCCUGGGAGGCCAGGCUUGCACUGGUGACACCGAGAUGCUGCCAACGUCCCAUCUGGCCUGAACUGAGUUUCUCGCAUCCAGUGGUAGAAGAGCCUGACAAUGCAGGAGGGGGUUCUGUAUCCCCACGCAGCUGCCCCCCAACCCCAAACCUAGGGAAGUGGGUUGUGAGGCAACCUAGGGGCUGGAUCUGAAUGGUAUUUGUUGGGGCAAGAGACUGCUGGCAAGGAGUGGACACCAUGCCUCCUGCUCCUGCUAAGAAGAUGCCCCAGAGCCCUGGGCCUCAGAUACACUCUACCAGGGCCAGAACCCACCUGAGGCAGAGGCUGGGAGACCCGUACCUCACCCUGGGCCUCAGGAGUGAUACCUGCCAGGCCUCACUGUUAUGCCAACAGCCCCCGGUUACUGUAAAUGUGGCCCCCCUAGGGCACUAAGACACUGUGGUUUCUCCUGAGUCAGAAGGGAAGUAGAGGGAUUGGGCGUUGUCAUCUGGCCCCAUUUCAACUGCAGACAUCGUGUUGUGUUCUGUGCCCUAUGCCGCUUGGGUGGAGUGGGACCCUCCUGAUGCUACCUCCUUUCCCUGGUCUGUAGCCCUCACAGUGGGCCCAGGGCCUAGAAUCAACCCUCUCGUCUCAGAAUGUCCCCACCAGUCCCCUCAGCCUGGAGGCAUCUCAGGAAACAGAUGUCUGCAGACCCUCAGCAGAUGAAGUGCCCCGUCCCGGUCAGGGACCCUACCCACCCAGCUGCCGCCUGGAGAAAGGCCUGCUUGGCCUUGCCCAGGGGCUUCCUCCACACACAGAGAAGGGGAACCGAGGGCCCUUCCUGGGUCCUUGCUUGCUGGCUGGGCACCACCUGCUCUGUGCUGGGAAGUGAAUCGCCCCUCAGAGCUGCCACAAGCACCAGGUCCUGCCCUCUGGCUACAGCUGCUCAGCCCCGCAGUUGGGAUGUGGUGGUCAAAAGCCCCAUUUGGCCUUAUCCUGGACUGCCAGAAAGAAAGAGCCUCGGGUACUUCAGUCUGGAGUUCAGGAUUUUUGCAUCUCACUAAGGAAUAAAGCUGCCCAGGCUUCCUCUGCAGGACUGUGCUCCCUGGGGCUGUCAGGCUCGUGUAAACAAACAAGUGGCCUUGGAAAGGAACAUGUGGGCAGAUGACAAGUCUGUGGCAGCCUGGGGAAUUGAGUCUCAGGCUGCUUGGAGACUCCUGGAAUUACCCGCUGGAAGCCAGGCCUGAAAGCUACUGUUUACACACCAGCCGGCUCAUCUCUGCAGGAAGUUGGGGCUGGCUCAGGAAUGACAAGGGUAGUUUCUGAAACUGCUCAGACGUUUUGGGGAAAGUUGGAGUGGCCGGGACGCUGUGAGAGGCGGUUACACCAGAACCUGAAGAAGUUUACAUGGGAUGGACCAUAUGUACCAGAAUGCCUCAUGCAAAACCAGUGUGGACAGCUCCGUGUUCAUGAGCCUAUGGUGCCUGACGACGCCCCACACCCCGUGGGCAGGGGCUCAGACAGCCUUGACGUGAGGGUACUGACACAUGUUUAAUGAAAUGGUCCACGCCCUUGCUCAGGGGCCCUUCACAAAACUUUCGAUCUUUUAAAAAUCCAUCAAGUCCCUUAAAAACUAGCAUAAGGUGAAGGAAACGCUCACUGCGAUUGAGAGUGUUUGAGAAUCUCUGAGGACGGGCUCCCUCUUCGCCACGGCCCCAGCCUCCGUGGACAGGGAGCUCCCUGCUGGCUGGGGCAGACCUCCCCCACCUCCCCACUCUGGGCGUUCUUCCUUAUCCUUUCUCCAUGUAACCCCCACUCCCUGGCCCAAGGCUUGCCUUUGACUAUAUUCAGAAUAAAGUUCCUCUA